UUGUCCACCGACUAGCCUCUUCCGCUUCUACCGCGGCGGUUCGGCUCAGGCGAAUCUGACAACAAGCAACAUUUGUCCGCUUCAAGCUCACUUAAAAUCCGUCAUGGCACCGCCGCGGUGUUGAGGCGGCUCCGCUUUCACGCUCGUCCGGUGGACCGCGCUCAUUCGACGCUCGGAUAUCUCGCCAGAGGCCACAAUGAGCUCAGAGGACCCCGACGACCCGCGGGACAGGCCCGACAGCAGGAGCAGCAGCAGCACGACCACCAGCAGCAGCAGUAGCGGCGGCGGGGGAUCCGACAAAGAACCCCACAUGGACGGCUCGGACCACGAUGGAGACCUCGCUCGUAGCUGCCCUCCUUCCCCGCCGGCAACCAGCGAGACUUUGGAAGAUCGUCAAGAAUCAGCCGCCGCGCCUCAAUCGGCAGGCGGCGACGGCAGUGGGGGUUCGGGCUGCGACACUAGCCGGGCUCCGAGUCUGUUCUCGUGGCUUCAGAACAGGUCCAUCAGGCGCGGCGUAUUUGUGGACCCGGUGCGAGACAAUUUCAGGACCAUGACUAGCUUGUACAGCUCCAUGAACCCGGCCGCCGACUCAGUCAACCUGAGCACCAAGACGCACGGUGCCGUGUUCAACCUGGAAUACUCUCCAGACGGGUCUGUGCUGACGGUGGCCUGCGAGCAGACCGAGGUCCUCCUCUUUGAUCCUGUCUCGUCCCGACACAUCAAAACCUUGACGGAGGCCCAUGAGGAUUGUGUCAACAACAUAAGGUUCCUGGACAACCGUCUGUUCGCCACGUGCUCGGAUGACACCACCAUCGCGCUGUGGGACCUGCGCAAGCUCAACUCCAAGGUGUGCUCGCUGCAUGGCCAUGCCAGCUGGGUGAAGAACAUCGAGUACGACACCAACACGCGCCUGCUGGUCACCUCCGGCUUCGACGGCAACGUCAUCACGUGGGACACCAACAGAUUCACGGAGGACGGCUGCCCGCACAAGAAGUUCUUCCACACACGCUACCUGAUGAGGAUGCGCCUGACACCCGACUGCUCCAAGAUGCUCAUCUCCACGUCGUCGGGCUACCUGCUCAUCCUGCACGACUUGGACCUCACGCAGUCGCUGGAGGUGGGCAGCUACCGCAUGCUGCGGGCCAGGCGGACGCCGCUCACUUCAGACGGAGGCGCGCUGGCAUCCCGCUCGGCCGGACCGCGCCACGGAAACGACUCCGGCAAGUUGCACCCGCAUAGAGAAGGCCUUUCUCCCCGGAACAGCCUGGAGGUUCUGACCCCGGAGAUCCCGGGCGAGCGGGAUCGAGGGAGCUGCAUCACGUCCCUGCAGCUCCACCCCAAAGGCUGGGCCGCACUCAUACGCUGCUCCAGCAACAUGGACGAUCGCGAGUGGACGUGCGUGUACGAGUUCCAGGAGGGCGCGCCCACCCGCCCGCCAGCGUCCCCACGCUGCUCCCUGCGCCUGACUCACUUCAUCGAGGAGGCCAACGUGGGGCGGGGCUACAUCAAGGAGCUUUGUUUCAGCCCGGACGGACGCCUCAUCUGCUCGCCGUACGGCUACGGAGUGCGUCUGCUUGCCUUUGACGACAGCUGCGGCGAGCUAGCCGACUGCGUGCCGGUGCAGACGGCUUGCCUGCGCGAGGUGCGCUCCAUCUACUCUCACAGCGACGUGGUGCUCACCACCAAGUUCUCGCCCACACACUGCCAGCUGGCCUCGGGCUGCCUGAGCGGCCGGGUGGCGCUCUACCAGCCCAAGUUCUAGCAGAACACGCCCACCCAGGUACGCCCGCGUCUUCUAUGCACACCUUCUCAAAAGUGCUGCGGCCCGCCGGGGACGUUUCGAGUCCGUCCCGAAGCGACAGCGGCCUCAACGAUUCGCUCCGCCUUAAAUUGCACAUUUAAGGUGGAACCUUAGGGGCGAGGCGUCCGACGGCUGCUUAGCACGUCCGUCCGGCUUGCCCUUGUGAGGCUCGACUUGGAAUCUAUGCUGCGGCCGUCCCGUGUGGACCAUCCUCGUGGUCUCCGCGUGCUUGCGUGCAUUUUCUCAAGAAGUGGUCUGCAUGUGAGCUAAACUGAAGAUUGAAAAUUGUCCAAAGGUCUGAAAGUGAGCGUGAUGGCUUCUUUGUCUCAAUGCGAUUGGCGGGCUGUGUGACUUUUUAGAAGGGGGAAAAAAAUUUAAAUUAAUAUUAAAUUAAAUUGAUAAAAAAGUAAUUCUAAGAAAAAUGGCUUUUCCUAGAAAUAUUGCAACUUUUUCUCAAAGUGGAAAAACCAGACUCUAAUCUUGAAACUUUUUUUUCAACGAGACUUAAAUCUUCAGAUUUUCUCAAACCACCGCAAAUUUCUAGAAAAAAAGUACAGUUUUUAUAAAAACGUUUCCCUCAAACAGUGCGGAAAACACUGCUUGCAUCUUGAGAUAUUUCUCAAUAAGCUUACUUUGUUAGAAAAAAAUAUAAACAUAAAAACAUAAACAUUUGACAAAGAUUUAUUCUUGUAAAAUUGAAGUGAUUUUUUUUCUCUCUCAAUGCAAACCAUAAUCUAACCUUAAA